AUGUUAGCACAGGACACGCAUGCACCAAAAACAGUGCACGGCGCACAGUGGGGAAAAAAGGCCAGCAGCAUCAAUUUGGAAGAACUGGGCGACGUUCCAAAUCACUCGCCCUCCUCGUCCUUCAGCUCCUCGUUGAACUCCACCUUUGUCUCCAAGCAGCUCACGAGUGUCUCCUUUCGUUGGCAGCCGGGCGAUGCCUUUAUCCACUGUUGGCAUCGGAAGCUCAGCGACACGUAUCAGGACUACAACAUGGUGAACCUCAUCGGUGAAGGGAGGAACGGUGCCGUCUUCAUUGUUCAGCACAAGAUCAGCGAGCAGUACUAUGCUUGCAAAGUCCUGCACAAAGCGGAACAGGACUCCAGCGCGCUACGAGCGGAGAUCAAGAACUUGCGGAUGCUGGACCAUCCCCACUUGGUUCGCCUCUACGAAGUCAAUGAAGACGCCGAGGCAGUUUUCCUGCUGAUGGAGUAUUGCAGUGGAGGAGAUUUGUUCAGCCUCGUGACGGAAAGCCCCGAGGGUCGGCUGCCGGAGAAAACGGCCAGAUCCUUCGCUGAGCAAAUGCUCAGUGCGCUCCAGUAUUGCCACUCCAUCGGCAUCGUCCACCGGGACGUGAAGCCAGAGAACUUCCUCCUGGAAGGUGCUGUCGGGGAGGACGCGUCCACGGCCACGUUGAAAUUAGCGGACUUUGGCAUUGCCACGCACAUCCGGUCGGCUGAGAGCCUUUCGGAGGGACAGGUGAACGGCAGCAGCUCGGAGCGGAGCGGAGCGCUGGGAGAGAUCAGUUGGGAUGCGCUAUGCUAUGCAGCAGGCGCUGAACCUUGGGAACGAAGGGAGCUGGCUCCCCUGCCACCACCUGAUGAACCUCCCCCGGAAUCGGUGGAGACGAAUUCACCGACGGCUGAGCCAUCGGCAAGUUCAGUUGAACCUUCUGCGAUGACAGCCCAGCCCGUCCCUACUCCAGAUCUUCCCGCCGGGAUCAAAGAGUUCAAAACCACGUUUCAAGUGAAAAUAGAGGGGAAGACGCGGAUCUUCCCAAUCAAGCUAUACGGUGACAAGCUAGCCGCCCGAAAAGCAGCUGUCACGUUUCAGCAGCGGGUCACCCGCAUGCUGACCCGAUGUGAGGUCAUGAAGGGUCAGGCACGGAUUUAG